AUGACUACCCAUUCCGAGGCAAGUGCGGAAAAUAACAUUCCUCGGGAAAGUUCAAGAUUGUUGGACAAUGAACCGUCGUCUACGUCGUACGCGGCUGUUGAGAACGGCGGCCAAGAGGAAGAACAAAGAAGCGGAGAGCAACGGUCUUCCAAAGCUCGCCGCAUCACUAUCAUUGUUUUGGCCGUGGUGCUUUCCACCACUGUUUUGGCCACCGCAUGGUUCGCCUCUCACUACAGUUCACUGCGCAAACGAUCAUACCGACCUUACGGGAUUUUGAACAACGGCACCCAUGACUUUAGACAAACCCUUAUUAUGAUAUCGUUGGAUGGCACCGUUAAUGACUACUUGGAUCGUGGAAUUACGCCUAAUCUGGAUGCCAUUGCUGCCGAUGGCGUUAGAGCACAGUACAUGAAUCCCUCGUUUCCGUCAGUGACAUUUCCAAAUCAUUGGAGUCUGGUGACUGGCCUCUACCCUGAAACUCAUGGCAUUGUUGGCAAUGUAUUUUAUGACCCGGUAUUGAAUCAAACCUUCAAUUAUAAAAGCGCAGCUGGUAGCUGGAGCCCCAAGUGGUGGGGAGGUGAACCGAUCUGGGUCACCUCGGAACUGCAGAAUGUGACAUCGGCUGUUAUCAUGUGGCCGGGCUGCAGUACCAGCUUCAAUGGUGUACGUCCGACCUAUGAAGUUCCCUUCGACGACGUUACAAACAGCGAUAAGAAAAUGGAUCAAGUGCUCCAAUGGCUUGAUCUUCCAUUGGAGGACCGACCGCAAAUCAUCAAUGCGUAUAUUCAAACUGUUGACCAGCACGGUCAUAAGUAUGGCCCAUACGACAAUCUUACACUGAACGCAUUGCAUUCGGUUGAUGGUAGCCUUGGCCGCUUACUGGAUGGAUUGAAAAAGAGACACUUGUCCGAUAUUGUACAUAUCAUGGUGGUUAGCGAUCACGGCAUGUCUGAAUCUUCCAACGACAAAUUGAUUUACUACGACGAUAUUCUGGAUGAAACUGCCCUCGGAAACAUCUGGAAGUCGGAAGGAUGGCCAUUGUUGGGUAUACGCCCAUACCCUGGGAGAGAAGAUGCUGUAGAUGACAUUUAUCAACAGUUGUAUGAACAUUCACUUCUCCCUGGGGCCAAGUACGAAGUCUUCCGUCGCGAAAAUAUGCCACCCAAGUAUCACUUCUCUCACACCCAACGAGUGCCUCCUGUAGUUGCCAUUCCGUUUGAAGGUUGGAACUUUGUUACUCAUAAGCAGUUUAAUGACCCUACCAAAGUGUACCAGCCUCGCGGUGUUCAUGGGUACGAUAACUUUGCUCGACAAUCACGGGCUAUCUUUGUGGCCAAAGGCCCAUUCUUUGAUUGGGAUUUAGGGAGGGGUCAAAGACUCAAGCCAUUCGUGAACGUUGAGGUUUAUAACGUUCUCAGUCGCAUCCUCGGACUCCAGCCUGCCGAGAACAAUGGCACUCUGGCCGGCUUUCUUCAAUCUCUGGAUUAG